CCUCUCUUAGAACAUGUCAAAUCGAAUCCCGCUGAAGCUUAUCAAUCUUAAGACUCUCUGUUAGAAGUUUUCAAAAUCUUUCCGGGAAAAUGUCUGGUCGUGGAAAGGGAGGCAAGGGUUUGGGAAAGGGAGGAGCCAAGAGGCACAGGAAGGUCUUAAGAGAUAACAUUCAGGGCAUCACCAAGCCUGCUAUUCGUCGUUUGGCUCGUAGAGGCGGUGUGAAGAGGAUUAGUGGCUUGAUCUAUGAGGAGACUCGUGGAGUCCUCAAGAUCUUCUUGGAGAACGUGAUUCGCGAUGCUGUGACUUAUACUGAGCACGCCAGGAGAAAGACUGUUACCGCGAUGGACGUGGUUUAUGCCCUCAAGAGGCAGGGAAGGACUUUGUAUGGUUUUGGGGGUUAGGUUUUAUAUGUUUAUUUUGAGGUAGGACUCUUAGGAAUUAGGGUGGUAGUUUAUGGGAUUGUAGAUCUUUUCUUUAGAUCUGGGACUUCUUUCUGAAUAUGGCUUCUAAUAUUUGUGUAAUUGCCGCCUUUUCUCAAGUAAUAGAAUUUUUAUUUUCUGGUAGAA